UGGUGUUGGAUUGGUGACGAAGGAGUCCUCUCUGAGAACCCAACUCACAUUGCACCUCUUCUUUCCCGGGUAGGAAUGAGACCUAUGCGUGUGGAGCUGAGAUGACUCCAAUAUUCUGAACCGUGUUGCUUUUUUGGUGGUGGCCCGGGACCUUCUUGGACCGAUGAGCGUAUGCGCGCAUUCACGCAUAUCUUCACUCACUCACGCACGCACAAACACACACACAAACAAAACACCACACAUCAUAUUCCGCGUCUGCAAACCAACGAACAGCGCAGACAGGUUUUGCUCUGCAAAAGGCUGUCUUGCAGACUACACUCGAGAAGAGUUACGAGUCCCCUACGAUUUUUGGUGUAUGAAAAAAUAAACAUUCUAUAAAGAGGAGCAGUGCAAUCAAUCGUGGAUCUUGGAUAUGGCAGGUGUGAAGACAUUCGACCUUGUUGUUGGAGUUGUUUUAGUUUUUCUGUCUCUUGGAAAUGCGUUUCAAGAGCCCGGACAGGACCCGACAAACGGGGACUCCUACUCCUACGUGCAAGGGCAGCCUCUGGCUAAGGAGGACAUGGGGGUUGAUGUGAAGCUGUACAGUCACCGGUCGAGGAGGUGGCUGACCCAAGAACAGCCACGUAACAUGGACAGCAACAGGGCCAGCCAGGACCUGGAUCAGCAGGACCAAGAGCAGGGUCAGGAUCAGGGUCAAGACCAACCUGAUGGGGGUUUCCCAGGCCUGCUCUCAGCAGAGGACAGCCAGGACACUGACAACAGCUCCCAGAUAGAGGAGGACACAGAUCACAACUACUACACAUCAAAGACCUACGGCCCCACGGACCCCAUGAGCAAGGACUUGUGGGUAAACGUUGACCAGAUGGACAAGGAGAAGGUGAAGAUCCAUGGCAUCCUGUCCAACACUCACAGGCAAGCUGCGAGAGUAAAUCUUUCCUUCGAUUUUCCCUUCUAUGGACAUUUCCUGCAUGAUCUCACCGUGGCAACUGGUGGGUUCAUCUACACAGGGGAUGUGGUCCACAGAAUGCUGACGGCCACCCAGUACAUCGCCCCCCUCAUGGCCAACUUUGACCCUAGUGUCUCCAGGAACUCAACCGUCAUCUACUUCGACAACGGCACUGCUCUGGUGGUCCAGUGGGAUCAUGUCCACCUGCAAGACAACUACCACCUGGGUAGCUUCACCUUCCAGGCCACACUGCACAGCGAUGGCAGGAUUGUCUUCGCCUACAAAGAGAUCCCCAUGGAGGUGGCCCAGAUCAGCUCCGUCAAUCACCCGGUGAAGGUGGGCCUCUCCGAUGCCUUUGUGGUGGUCCACAGGAUCCAGCAGAUACCCAAUGUUCGUCGGAGAACGAUCUAUGAGUACCAUCGUGUGGAACUGACAAAGACCAAAAUCACCAACUCUACAGCAGUGGAGAUGAUGCCUCUACCGACGUGUCUCCAGUUCACCAGCUGUGACAGCUGCAUCUCCUCCCAGAUCAACUUCAACUGCAGCUGGUGCCACCUCCUUCGCAGGUGUUCCAGUGGGUUUGACCGCCAUCGGCAGGACUGGGUUGAUAACAGCUGUCCUGAUGAGACCAAAGACAAAAGCUGUGAUAUCAUCAACACCACACAACUCUAUCCAUUCACCACCACGUUAGUUGCCAAGACAACAGGCCAGAGCAGAAGCAGAGGAGAGACCACCACAGCCAGAGCCUCCUCGUCCACAUCCCACCCCCCAACCAGCGUCCCCACUGAAGAUGACACCAAGAUUGCUCUGCAUCUUAAAGACAAUGGAGCGAUGCCAAAGGAGAGUGCUGCAGAGAGGAAGGACACACACCCACUGCACACUGGCCUGAUCCUGGGCAUUCUCGUGGUCUUGCUCAUCAUGGCAGCCGCAGUCCUGGUCACUGUCUACAUCUACCACCACCCUACAUCAGCCGCAAGCCUCUUCUUCAUCGAGAGACGUCCCAGCAGGUGGCCGGCCAUGAAGUUCCGGCGAGGGUCCGGUCACCCUGCCUACGCGGAGGUGGAGCCCGUGGGCCAGGAGAAGGAGGGCUUCAUUGAGUCUGAGCAGUGCUAAGGGGCAUGCACCGCUCCCCCCCAAUCGACUGAUUGACGCUGGUCUCUUGUUUUGUCGAUUCAAACGCUCGCUGUCAAUAUUGUGAAAUGAGAUGAGAAUAUCGUGGUGGUGUCACUUUGAAAUCCCAUGCUUUUUUUCUGGUGGUCUGAGAGUAGGCCUUGUGUUUGGUGGACUACCACGGUGAAUCUUCAAACCUGGCUUGUUCAACAGAGAGCUGAUCUGAGAGCUGCUGAGGGAGGGUCACUGUCAGAGGGACUGUGCUGUGGGAAAACCUUAAACUGAUCUCAAGUCAGUUCUUCGUCCAAGCCCAAAGUCUUCGAACACUUCGCACUCGUGACUGACUUCUUGGGGACAGAGGGAAAGUAACAGUGUCAUUGAGUGGGUUGUACAGUGUGAUUGCCCUACACUGGUGGUGUGUGAUGUGAGGGGGGAGUAGUAGGAAGAAUUAUACAGUAUAUUUUUCAGAAAGAAUACAGAGUAUGUGAACAGAGAUCUUGACUUUAAAUGUUGGUGAGGCUAUAUAGGCCUUUAUAUAUCCUUUGGGGUUUUGCUAAUUUACUGUUCAUGUUUUUUUUCUGUAGCUUUUUUUUUAACUGGGGUUUUAUUAUUCCUAAUCAGUGAGGGGAUUUUGUCUUGCUUUCCACUACCAUAAUAAGGCUUCUUUACCGUAGCUUUAACUCCAUAGCGUGGUUCAAUAGUGUGAUAUGCUCCUGCUACUGCCACUCAUCCCACCCAGGAGUAGCAGGCUUUUGUUGGUAUCUCUUUUUUACAUAAACUUUGUUCGAUUUGUAUUUUUUUAUUUUUGUAGUUUUUUUUUUUUUUACAUUGAUUUCAGUACUGCCGUGCCAUUCUUUCCCUGACUGGAGUUUGCUCAACAUUCUUUGCACAAAGUUUUUCAUGCACAUACAUCUUUACUUCAUUUGGUACAAUUGCAAAAUUGCAAGACAGGCGCUUUGUGAGUGUGUGUGGUUGUGUGUAUGCAUGGUCUAAAUGUGAGUGAGCGUGCGUGUGUGUCUGUGUGUGUGUAUGUUUGUGCGUGCAUGUUUGUCUGGUUUUUGUGUGAUUGGAUAUCAACCUGCUUGUAGGUGGGUCAGUUUGAGCUGGUUCUGUGUAAUUGAUGCUGAGUGGAUGACCGGAGGUACUUUUACAUUAUUUUAUUAUACGUUUGGGACAUACCUGGCUUUUGAUUUUAUGUAUACAAUGUGGUUUUCAAGUAGUUUGACCCAGGGGCGUCAAUUGGGUAUGGCAGUCCCCAUACCCUAGCUCAAUACUAACAAUUUAAAAUAGGCGAACAGUGCAACAUUUAUUUUAAAACAGUGUAGAGGUAGAAGAUUGCUGUAGAUGGCUAGGAUGCUAGGUAACUGCCGUUUGACUUGGAAUGAAAUGAAACUAGGGUUUUUAAUCCCAGUUCUGAGCUAGGGCGUCGCAGCUAAGUGCUGUAUGACGUGUUUGAGGUGAAUGAAGCUACAGCAGCUGAGGUGAAAAUGGCUGGAGUCAAUAUCGUUUUUUGCUCUUCGCCAAAUAGCAUUUCUUACUUUUUAAAUUGUGUAGAAAUGCAUUAAAUAAGCAUACAAAUGUAUGACAAUUGCUUGGAAUCACCCUCCCCCCGUCACUUUGCCAUACCCUAUGUUUACCAUACCCUAGAGUGGCGUAGCGGUCUAAGUCACUACAGACCCUAGUUCAAUCCCGGGCUAUAUCACAACCAUCCAUGAUAGGGAGUCCCAUAGAGUGGCGAACAAUUGGCCCAGCGCCGUCCGGGUUAGAGGAGGGUUUGGCCGGGGUAGGCCGUCAUUGUAAAUAAGAAUUUGUUCUUAACGGACUUCCCUAGUUAAAUAAAAUUUUAAAAAGCUGAAAUGAUGCCCCUGGUUUGACCUGCUGCUGAAUCUGAUCUUGUACAGGACUGGAGAAUAUGUGUUACUGUUCAUGGAGUGAGAAAUCUGCCAAAACGUUAAACGAAUGUAACAGAAUCGUAAAUAACUUUGGGGAGAUUUUUGGCAGAUAUCUAACCCCAUACUGUUCCAGCUCUUGUUCUAUAUUAAUGGAUGGCUAGUCCAUGUCAUUUAACCCUAGCAUAUCAUAGUGCCUUCACAAAGCAUUCACACGCCUUGACAUUUUCCACAUUUUGUCAUGUUACAGCCUAAAUUUAAAAUGGAUUAAAUUGAGAUUUUGUGUCA